ACAUCUUUUCAGCUCUUCAACACCCGGCCCCAACUGUUCUUUUCAUGCUUCAGUCUCAACUGCCUUUUGUCUUAUCCUAAUCUCUCUUUACUGUCAUAAAGUUCGCCAUGGCUGAAGCCGAACAGCCCACGACGGCUGAUCAGAUCGAAGCCCCCACAACCACCGAGAUGCGCGCCCAGCUAGACGACUUGAUCACACGAGCUGCCGCCAAAGACGCGACCAAGGACCACAAUGCAGCUUCCGAGCUCUAUUCACAGGCCACCGAGCUCCAGGCCGAACUGAACGGAGAAAUGUCUCCCGAGAACGCGGACCUACUCUAUGCGUACGGCAAAUCUCUAUACAAUGUAGCUGUGAGCAAAAGUGAUGUGCUGGGGUCCAAGGUGGCUGGAGAUUCCCAGCCGUCAAGCAAUGCCCCUGCGGCGAAGCCUAAGUCUGCUGGGUCUGCUGCUACCGGUGAAAGCCUGGUCAAGAACGCUAUCUCAAGCUCCGUGAAUAAGAAUGCUGCUACACCCGCGAAGGAAGUCAGCGCACAAUUGGACGCCGCGCCAUCGAAGCCUUUCUUCCAAUUCACCGGCGACGAGAACUUUGUCGACUCCGACGAUGAAGACGCUGAGGAGAAUGAGGAAGCUGAGGAAGAGGAGGAAGAUGACUUUGAGAAUGCCUUUGAGGUCCUCGAUCUGGCGCGUAUUCUCUACCUCAAGAAGCUGGAGGCCGCAGAGGAAAACAGCAUGGACAAGGGCAAGGGCGAGUCUUCAGAUCUGCCGGCAGACUUGAAACACAUCAAGGAGCGCCUUGCCGACACGUACGACCUGCAAGCCGAAAUUUCUCUGGAAGGAGAGCGAUUCUCCGAUGCCGUCACUGAUCUGCGUACUGCCCUCGACCUUCGCAACACCCUGGUCCCAUUUGAGGAUCCUUCCGUCGCCGAGUGCCACUACAAGCUCUCGCUGGCUCUGGAAUUUGCUUCGGUCCAGCAGCAGGGAGAAGAGGAUGACGGACAAGAGAAGACGGUGGACGAGGAGAUGCGGAAAGAGGCUGCAACCCAUAUGGAGCGCGCUAUCGAGAGCUGCAAGAUUCGUAUGGCUUCAGAGGAGAAGAAGUUGGAGGCUGAUCAAGCCAUGGACGAGGAUAAAGUGACGGCUGCGAAGCGGAAGAUUUCCAAUGUCAAGGAAAUCAUUGCAGACAUGGAGCAAAGACUCAUCGAUCUCCGUCGGUCACCAGUCUCCAUCGAGCAGAGGGAGCAAGAAAACGAGGCCAUGCUCAAGGGCAUCCUCGGCCAGAUCGUCGGUCAAUCAGCCACGGAUCAACAGGCCCGCCUCGACGCCGUCAGCAAGGAAGCCACUGAUCUGUCAUCGCUGGUCCGACGCAAGCCCGCUGCCCCUCAAUCCUCUCAACAGAGCUCAUCCAAGCGCCCUGCGGAGAACGGACCCGCAGAGGGCGAGUCGAAGCGUGCGCGGGUCGAAGAUGCUUGAGAGAUUUCGACUUCAAUGCUUGUAUUUCAUGCGUAUUCUUCCUUUUUCCUGGCGUUGCUGGAGCUCUUCCCUAUACUUUACCCUAUGCCCUUUUAGGUCUCAUGAACUCCCGGCUACUGAGAUAGUCUCAAAAUAUUAAAGUGCAUUAUUUAGCUUUGCUCUAAUAUUGCAAUGCAUAAAUCAUGAUGAAGUUUAUUCCCAAUAUUGACGCAGCAAACGUAUAAGCAUAUUAAGUAUUAGUAUCAAACAUUGGGUAUACCACGCCGCAAUAUGAAGGAAAAGCCAAACCCAACAAACCAAAAGCAGUCAUUAGGUCAGUCAAACAGUUUCAUCGCGUUAGUCCUCCAUCCUCUCCGUCCUCCUCUCUUUUCCCAACACGUCAAGACUUAACUACAUCACGACAUCCCAAACAAAGCAGUCGCAGGCCGUCGUUCAAUCUUCCGACUUCGUCGCCGAUUCGCCAACCCAGGACUCCAUAUCCCAGCAAACAAAUCCUCACACUCAUCCUCAUCCUGACUAUCAAACUCCGCAUCCACAGAACCCGACUCAUCCGACGACCCUCCAUGAACCCCCUCCGCCCCGAUCGCAUCAAUGCCCCCAUCAAAGGGAGCUUCCCAACACGAAGAGGCGGUAAUCUUCUUCGUCUCCAGUAUAAACUUGCCCACUUUAUACCGCUGCGACUCCUCUUCUGCUGCAACGUACUUCCACCCCAACACGCUCCCGCAGAAUGCACAGCUCACAUCGCUUACGGUGUGUGCGCCUGUGACAAGCUGUCGGGGGACCGGGUGCUGGAGGAUCGUGUUGGGGAGGGAUGUAGUUGGCGAGGAGGACCCGCUGACGGAUACGGCGCUGGCGACGGGUUCUGCGGAGACGAGAUAUGCGCGGCCGUGUCGGCCUGUGAAACCUUUGCUGAUGAUCUGGGAUGUUAGGCAGAGGUGGGCGGCGCAGUCGGUGCAGCGGAGGUAGGAGAGGUGGCCGUCUAGGUACUUUGGAGAAGUGGCGGUGGGGUAGGGAGCUUGGGAGGAGGGAGUGGUGGUGUUUUGCUUGGGGAAUGAGGGGAUGAGGAACUUGGGGAAGAGGAGAGAGCGUCUGGGUUGUUCUUUGAACAUGAUUUAGGAACCGAGUGGCUCUUGGGGGAGUAUUGGAUUUAUGAAGGAAGGAAAGGGAAAAGGUAAGAGCUAGAGAGGGGAGUUGUUCGUGUUUAUCUUGAAGGCCCGUGAUCGCCAGUGCUGAGGUCAUCGGUUUUUUAUCUUAUCAGCGGGGAAAGUAUACAUCCACGAUAUCAUGAUCGGAAGUAACUAUGGGGAAU